GCGCGCCUGGGAGAAUGGCUCGUUGCGGCGAUCGGCUGUUUUGGCCACGCCGGGGACAGUCUCUGGCAUUGCUCCUGGGGCAAGUGCUCGCCACGGGGCUCAUCCAGGCCGUGGUCGUUGACGACGACCUGCCUUUAUUCGCAGAUAGUAGCUGUAAACAGUUGAAGAUAAUGAAGAUAACGCAUAUUUCAGAAUCAACUUGUUUCUGUUACGUUCCAAAUGGAGCAAUGUACUUACAGAAUACUUGGUCAACUAUUCAGGUGUCCAUAAACAGCACUGAAUUAUUUCAAGUGGUGUAUAUCCCAAAUGAACAUGAAUGCCAAAAUUUCGCACAUUUCCUCGAUUUUUUGAAGUGCCUGAUUAGCAAUAUUUGGCAGCCUAGUGUGUCUAAUCAAACAGUCAUAACAGUGGACCAAUAUGUUGGCAAAACAUGUUUCAGGAUCGAACCGACCAAUAAAGUACUCUUCACUGUGAGUGUACAACCAAAGAUGCUGGAUAUCAAACUCCUUCUGUUAUUUGUUGCUGGUGCACUUCUUUUUCAUUUUGCCUAUAGCCUGAGCAGAAGUAAUAUCUUCUAUUAUUGUGCUGGGAUAGCAUUUGGCAUUUUCAUACCUCUAGUCUUUCUAGUUUUCAUGCUUAAAAGGUUUAUUCCCAAGCUAAGUACCUUCUGGAUUUUAAUGAGUGGGAGCUGGUUCUCUUCUCUGUAUAUGUUUUAUGUUUCAAGAGAAAAACUGAAAUGGAUGUGGAACAAUUCUACACAUUAUAUACUGGUGUAUAUUUUAUCAGUUGGAUUGGCCUCUUUUGCUAUUUGCAAGAAACAUAAGCCACUCGGCAGCGAGCAAAGUAUGAACCUCUUGAUGUGGAUGUUGCAGCUGAAAGGCCUGGUCUUAAUUUAUUUUGGCAUUGCAAUCCCCCAGGUUGCCUAUGCAGUCACAACUGCCAUGCUCUGUACAAAAUUCCUGCAUUAUCCUCUACGAGCCUCCUGCUAUGUUGGCAAAAAAGCUGCUCAGUAUUUCCAUCCAGAAAAAUUGGAGCCUCGUUAUUUGACAGAAGACGAAUACCGGGAACAAGGAGAAACAGAGACCGUGAAGGCCCUGGAGGAGUUGCGCGUAUUCUGCAGGAAUCCCACUUUCCCCUCUUGGGUAGCUGUGGUCAAACUGCAAUCUCCACAAAAGUUUGCAAACUUUGUUCUAGGUUCCCCUCAUGUAUCUGCUGAAGAAAUGACAGCCCACGAGGCACAGUAUGGCAUUGGAGGAGUCCUCCUGGAGCAACAGCUUUUCUACCAAGAGACACAGGCAGAACCAGAGCCCCUAAACGCUUCUCCCGAGGUGGAGGAGAGAAACAAAGAAGAGGGACUGAGACGAUUACAAUCAAACAUCCGGCAUUUCCAUAGUAGAGAAUUUCUUUGAGCUGCGGUCCAGAUCAGCAAAAAACAGGCAAUAACAUGCUUUUCUGAACUGUAGAGGGCAGUCAAGACAUUUUGAAGCAUAACUUCAUUGGUUUCCAGGAAGCGGUUAAGUUUGCAAACCCAUCAUGAUUAGAGUUAUGUAAGAAGGGAAUCCGUGCACAUCUGAACAAUACCGGAUUUAGCCAACGCCUCUGCUUAGAAGCACCAUUUGCUGAAGGUUUGACGAGGCAGCCUGUGGAGGGCUGGAGCACGGAAUUCUUCUCAAUUGUUCUGCCAAUUUACAAGGCUCACUUUUACAGCAGUCUUUUUUUUUUUUUUUGCCUGAUCAUGGUUUCUAAGUUUGCACAUUAACCCCUGGUGUGCUUAACUCUCAUUUGCUAAGUUCACACGAACAUGUUAAGCCAUAACUUUUGGUUUGUAAAUCGCAACAGCUGCAACCCAACACAAUCACGUUGCUGGGGACCGACGACCCAGUGAAGACAACUAAUGUUGGGAAAAUGAGUUGAGAAGUUGAACUUACUGGUGAUUAACCACUUUGCGGUAAUCAUUACUCUCCAGUGAUUGGGAUAAGCUGGUGUUGUUUUAGCAUCAUUUGCAAAUAAACUGAGCAUUCUAGAUGCUAGUUGCCACAGAGCACUCAUCUUUAAAAGAGCCAAGGGAAAUGUUGGAGCCCAGUAGUAGGAGCAGCAAUGGAAGCAAAGGAAAUAAUAGGUAACUUGGGCACAAUUCCAAAACAUCUGGAGUACCAUUUGAACACCAUUGGAAUGGACAAAAUCAGCAUCAGUCAAUUGCAAAAGGCAGCCUUACUUGGAACAGCUCGCAUCCUGUGACGGUACCUUUUAACACUAUCAAAUAUCAUCUGCCUAUCCCAAGUCCUUGAAAAGGACUCAAUAGGUGGAUAAAAAUGCCAAAUCCAGUCGAAAUGUCUGGCAGAGGGUGUGACCAACAAAAUAACAUUAAAUUACGUGCCACCCAACUCAGUAACUUGGGCUAGUAGCACAAGUGGGACAGAACUAGUGUUUGCUUCUGGGUACAUGGAGCCCUAAAUCCCAAAACCUUCCAAGUUCACAAGAGCGAUUUGCAUUGCUCCCACGUUUCUGUCGAUUGCAAGGUCUUUCGGUUGGCUAUUUGUUGCUUGAUUUUUUUGUCUUUGGUCAACUUUUUUUUCCCCCUUGAUAUACUUUGAUGUUUUUUCUGUAAGUCACAUGGCGGCACUAUGUCAGGCAGCCUUGAAACUGAAGUACAUAAAUGAACGUAUGAAAGGCUUAGAAGCAUAUCUGUAAGGAAAGACAUUUAAGAGUUGCUUUGGCUUUCACCAGCUUAUUUAGGAUGGCAGUCUAAACUUUUUGUAGAGAUUUCAAAGCAGCUUGAUUUUGUGUAAUUAGGACUCUGAUUUCCCUUGCAUUGCAUCCUGACUCCUUUGGACUAGGUAGGCAUGCUAUGUUUUUCAUAGCAGUUCAUGAUUUGGGAUCCUCAUAUUGAAGCAUUUCACAUAGAAGUAUGUGCACUUAGCAUGUUCUUAGAAACAUGGAAAGGGAACCAAGGAGAUCUUGUUCUUUAAUUACUUCAUAAUAGUUUAGCAUACAGGACUCAAAGUUUGCUGUAAUGUAAUUAUGAUCUCUUGGAUUACCCUAUCCCACUGGCUUUUGUGAAGAUUUAAAAAAUGGGGAGGCUGUCUUAUAUACCUUGAUUUUUAAAAAAAGUUGAAAUAUAAAUGUAAACAAUAACAAUGUGUGUCGAUUGAUGCAUUGCUGCCAAAAUGCACUGUGGAGCAAGUAGAGAACAGCUUGGAUUUUGUAAAUCCCAACCAGUUUUUAAUAUUCACUUUCAAAUAAAAUGAGCCAUUGUAAAUAGAAAGUGCGUUCAAAUGUAUUAAUAAAUUAUCUUAAUUCCUGCACAGAGCAGCCCACAGGACACUACACAGAGAGCUUCUGGUAGUGCUAAAGAUGCUGAACAAGUUGGUUGAUAAUGUUGAUUUACUGCUCAUCUCCUGGGUUCAAAUUCCUUCCAUGAACCCCUUGAUGGCAAAAAUUAAAACAAGAAAAGGGAUAUAGUUAACUUCCUCUGGGCAAAGAAAAGGAAAGGGAGGAGGAGAGUUCAUCUAUGAUUUCACAAGGGGACGGUUAAAUCCAUCCUCUGUAGGGCAGCUCUUGAACUAGCCAGAUUACCAUCGAUCAAUACUUGUCUCCACUUGCAAGGAAUUUCUAUGCUUCUACGCUGCGGCAAAUGGGAAGGGUUAGAUUAGAGCAGGGACAAUUUGAUUGCACUCUAGGUGCCAAAGAAGAAAAGCUGCCUUGUUUUUCAAAAAGUGUUGUGUCAAGCCAACCUCGAUUAAUCUCAAAGAUAAAAGCGUGACACUUAACUUGUGCUUAGAAAAAACAAAAGUCUUUCAAAAUCCCUGGCUGUAGGGAACUUGAAAAAGCAACCUGGAAGAAGAAAGGCACAAGUCACCUAGUAAUCAGGAGUCAAGCUCGGUGUGGGGUGGUUAUCAAAAGCAACUUUUUGCAGGACAAGUGUCAUCAUGUAACCAUUUUAAGACCUAUGAUUUCAAAUAUGGCCAUUAUUGAUUUGAAGGCUUCCUUGCUGGUAAUUUUAUAGAGCAAACUCUUGCUGUGCAAUUACUUGACAAACAGUGAAUUC